AUGAACAAUUCAGAGAAGACUGGCAUUAAUAAAGAAAAAGCUGAAGAUGGAGAUAUAUCAUCAGAAAUCAUGAAAAGGCGAUGGGUGCCAAGUAUCUUUAAAAGCAUGCCCUGGGAGUGCUUUCAAUUUGCAGGGUAUGAAAUCAAAAUCACAGAAACCACUGAUUGCUAUGGUGCGUAUGUCUGGCCUUCGGCCUUGGUGUUGUGCUAUUACCUGGAACACAGUCAGAAAGAAAAUAGUCUUAUCGAUAAAAAUGUAAUUGAAAUAGGAGCAGGAACAGGUUUGGUAUCAAUUGUUGCUGGUUUACUUGGCUGUCAUGUGAUUGCCACAGAUCUACCUCAUUUACUCGGAAACCUCCAGUACAAUAUAUCCCGAAAUACAAAAUUGAGAAGCAAAUAUCAGCCACAGGUCAGAGAACUUAGAUGGGGAGUAGAUUUGGAAAACAAAUUCCCCAGAAGUGCUUGUCAGUAUGAUUAUAUUAUGGCCGCUGAUGUGGUCUACAGUCACCCAUACCUGGAUGAACUUCUAAUGACUUUUGAUCACUUAUGUCAAGAUAACACCAUCAUUUUGUGGACAAUGAGAUUUAGACUUGAUGAAGAUAAUGAUUUUGUGAAGAAGUUCCAGUGUAUAUUUGAUACUGAAGUUAUUUAUGAUCUUCCAACUUUACAGAUAAAGUUGUACAAAGCAAAAAGAAAAGUUUUGCAAAUUGGUUAA